AUGGACGACAGGACAGCCAUCAACGUCCUACAUUACUCCCUCCGAGCGGGGACCCUGUAUCAGGACUUCAUAGUCCACCCGCCACAGUUGUAUGACGAAGCCCUUUGCAGAGUCACCGACUACGCGAACGCAAUGGAGGCAAAUUCCGCAAAGCGACGCCAAGAGACGGGAUCCACCCGGCGAGACACUCGUCCCGACCAGAAGCGCGGAGACCGUCAACAGGCCCCCCGGGACCUGUCCAGGCUCACCCGCCCGGUAACAGAGGUCCUCGAUUAUGCCCAGGGUUGCAAUCUGAUCCAGCUACCCGAGCCCGGGCGUGACGGCCGGGACACCUCCAAGUUCUGUGCGUACCACCGCAACCGGGGGCACACCACGGACGAGUGUCGGGUCCUGAAGGAGGUGAUCGAAGACCUCCUGAAGGAGGGUGAGCUGACCCAGUUCACCGAGAAGAAGGACAAGGGGAAGAGAUGGAAGAAGUUCUUCAAACGAUCCGGCCAGGACAAGAAGGACAAGAACCAGGAUCCCGAAGGCGAGUCCCGCCCCAGUGGCUCCAAGCAGGUGAUACACGUGAUUUUCGGCGGCCCAGAGGGCGGCGAUAGCACAGAGGAGAGGCAUAGGUGGUGCCAAAGCCUACACGUCGGACUAGUGGAUGAAGCUCGACCGGAAAAGCGGUCAAAAGCCGAACCCAUCGCCUUCACGGACGAUGACCUGCCCCGAAAUCCUGACCAUGGGACCGAAGCCCUGAUUGUCACGCUCGACAUAAGCAGCGUGGACGUUCGAAGAGUAAUGGUAGACACCGGCAGUAGCGUAAACGUCCUGUACUUAGACGUUUUCAAGAAGUUGAAGCUGGACGAGAAGAAGCUGACACCGGUCCGCACCCAGUUAUCUGGCUUCACGGGGGCCACUAUCGAACCGGAAGGUAUGAUCCGAUUGCCUGUCGAGGUAGGAACCUACCCCAGGGUGUCAAAAGCAGACAUGGAAUUCAUCGUGGUAAACCUCGCCUGCGUCCACAACGUGAUCUUGGGCCGACCGGGGAUCGCGCAAAUCGGAGCGAUCAUCUCGAUGCCACACCUGUGUAUGAAGUUCCAAACGCCGGCCGGGGUUGGCGUGCUGAGGGGCGACAUCCGGUUAGCCCGGAAGUGCUACGUCAAGGCAGUCUAA